GUGACCUUGAGCGUCUUCCCCCGCCUUCUCCAUCCGGGUGCUGCGGCACGGAUAAGAGCUGCACCGCGCUUGCGCGCCCAGCCCCACUGCUUCGACCUCUGCCGCCGCUGCUGCCGCCGCCGCCUCCGGAGAGAGGAAGCAGGAGAGGAGCCCACGUCGCCUGUCACCUAUAUCCACGCCGCGCCGCCAGGAAGAAAGAUGUUUGCCUGCGCCAAGCUCGCCCGCACCCCUGCUCUGAUCCGAGCUGGAUCCAGAGUUGCAUAUAGACCAAUUUCUGCAUCAGUAUUAUCCCGACCAGAGACUAGGACUGGAGAGGGCUCUACGGUAUUUAAUGGGGCCCAGAAUGGUGCGUGCCAGCUGGUCCGAAGGGAGUUCCAGACCAGUGUAAUCAGCAGAGAUAUUGAUACUGCUGCCAAAUUCAUUGGUGCAGGUGCUGCCACAGUAGGAGUUGCUGGUUCUGGUGCUGGUAUUGGAACAGUCUUUGGCAGUCUUAUCAUUGGCUAUGCCAGAAACCCUUCACUGAAGCAGCAGCUGUUCUCAUACGCUAUCCUGGGAUUUGCCUUGUCUGAAGCUAUGGGUCUCUUUUGUUUGAUGGUUGCGUUCUUGAUCUUGUUUGCCAUGUAACAGAAAUUACUGCCUAAAAUGUUGGCAUUCAUAGUAAUUACGGAUGUAAUUCUGUGUAUCUUGCUGUGACUCCGAAGACUGUAGUACUGGUGUCAUGGAAAUAUGUGUUAUUUCCAAAGUCAUUUCAUUAAAGAUGAAAACUUUAAAUUUU